AUAAAUAUUGGUGUAUCAGUAACUAAGUCACUAAGUUAACCAACAAUAGAUAGACAAACCUAACAAUGAAUAUUUCCGUUAAACUAGCGGUAAUUUUUUGCAUAAGCAUUAGGAGUGCGUUUGGGCAUGGGUAUAUGUACAGUCCAAUUAAUCGAGCCUCUAGAUGGAGAUUAGAGCCGACCAAUUGGAACAUCACUCACAACUACGAGGACAAUCAGUAUUUCUGCGGCGGCUUUGCAGUGCAAUAUAGUGAAAACGAGGGUAAGUGUGGCCCUUGUGGGGACGAUUGGAGCGAUCCAGUUCCUCGAAGCAACGAAAAUGGAGGCACUUAUGGAAACGGUGUAGUGGUGGCUUCAUAUUUAUCCGGCAGCCUCAUUAAGACUGAUAUCCGAAUAACAGCCAAUCAUAGAGGGAAUAUUUCCUAUCAGUUGUGCGUUUUAAACGACACUCUUCUGCCGGAAACAGAAGAUUGUUUCCAGCCAGUGCGUUUACUGGAUGGGUCGUUUUUCCAAAAAAUAUCCAGCGAGGAUUACAAUGUGACCAGCUACAUAAAAUUGCCUCUUUGGUUGACUUGCGAUAGAUGCGUUUUAAGGUGGCAUUAUUCAACUGGAAACAACUGGGGAGUAUGCGAUAAUGGUACUUCGGCUCUGGGAUGCGGACCUCAGGAAACGUUCCGUUCGUGUGCCGACAUCGCAAUUAUUCAACCAACGUGGUGGAGACGUUUCAACUUUUUAAAUAACUAUUUUGCCAAAAUAAUUUGAGUUAAUUAUUAUUAUUUAUUAUAGUUUUUAAACUUGUUUGAAUACAGUCUUUUUUAACCACC